GUCCACCGAUGAUAUCAAUCAGCAACAAGAUGAAGAUGCUGUAGUAUGCCUGGUGAAGCAACGGCUUCGAGAUCAGCAAUCCUUUGGUCGCACAGCUAUGAAGGAUCCUGCCUUUCGGCCUUAUCGGAAGCUUUGGUCGGUGUUAUUUUUGGAUGAGUCCGGUUUACUGGUGCGUAUGGUAAAGUAUCUCCCAGAAGAUGAGAAACACUUUGUUCCGGUUAUUCCAGACUCUAUGAGGAGACCCUUGUUGUAUAAGUUUCAUGACAUGGGCGGUCACUUCGGUAAGCAACAUAUGUGGGAUCGUAUGCGAAGGCUUUGUUUUUGGCCCGGUAUGCACGUGGAUAUCACAGAUUAUGUGGCACAAUGUUCCCGCUGUUUGACCAUUAAAGCUCGGCAGCAGCCUCCGGCAGCCUUAGUGCCCUUUCCGGUAGGAGCACCAUGGCAUACUAUUGCCGUGGACUUCUUGUUUGUUGGCCCAUCAGACCAAGGCCCUACCAAAUUGCUGGUUAUUGUGGAUCAUUUCACACGUUGGGCCGAUGCUUAUGUUGUAAAAGGAGAAGGAGCUACUGAUGCUUUGGCACCAUUGCUGCAACUCUGCUCACAAUUUGGCCCGCCUACGAGGUUACUGAGUGACCAAGGUCCUGCCUUUGAGAGUGAAAUCUUUCAUGAUGUUAUGAAGAUUUUGGGGGUUACUAAGGUACGGUCUUCUCCGCAUCAUCCGAGCUCAAAUGGUCAUGUGGAACGUUUCAAUUCUACCAUUUUGAACUUGCUCAGAACGGUUACUCAGACCAUAGGGGAUUGGCAAGGCCACCUACGAGGCGUCCUAUGGCAAUAUAAUUCGACUCCUCAUUCGGCCACUGGAUUUACCCCCUUCUAUCUUAUGUUUGGAAGAGAAGCUCCUCAAAUGUUAUUGCCAAGUCUAUAUCAAUACUCAUCUUUGAUGCAUGAUCCCCAGAGCUAUGCAGCCUAUUUGGCCCGGGCACGUGCCAAAAUUGAUGAUGUUAUGGAUGAAUGGGCUACUGCUAAUGGUGCUUCAUACCGUCUGGCAGCCUUAAGACAACCUUCUCAUCGACGACAUUACGUUGGUCAACGGGUUCGCCUGAAGAUUUUUCAUGGCAACAAUGCUCCGGCCCGUAAGUUGCUUCCUAAAUGGCAGGCAGACUGGUACAUCUUCAAGUUUGUUGCUGGAUCUAAUAACAAGACGGUGGUAGUUCGACAUUUCCCAGAUCUACAGGAGAAGGUCAUUUCUACCGACUAUAUAUUGGCAGAUCCAGUUCAACCAGAAAUGAUACCGGUUCAGCUCAACAUUGUGAGAAUGGAACCUCCUGUUGAUGAAGCUCCAAGGGUUCCCUUGUAUCCUUUCAAGGAAAUCCCUAGAACGGAUCCGGUAUUGCAAGAAGACCAUUUGGAUCAUUUUGCAGAUUCCGAUGAAGUUUCGUCAUAUGUCGCCGAGAUGGGUUCUCCUUCUCAUGAUAGGCCAUAUCAGCCUCAACCUUCGGCAUAUUGGGUUGCUCAAGAUGAUACUGAUGUGCUACAACCACUACCACAGGUUGGAGAAGUUCGUAGCCCUCGAGAUGGUGACAUGCUAAUCGAAGAGGCUUCUGGUCCGGCGAUUCCUAGUCUUCCUUCUGAAAACCCAAGUCUAUUGCCGAGUGAAGGGUUAUCUUCGUCGCGAAGAUCUCAUCCGGUGCUUCAGUCUGGUCGGUCUGCUGGUUCCAGCCCUGAUGAUAAUGGUUCUAUUGCGGAUGCUUCGGCCCGAUCUGUCGGAUCACGACCGUCCUCUUCGGCCCGUAGUCAAAUGCUUUCUGCCAUAUCAGCUGGUUCAAGUGGUUCUAAUAUUCCCCAUGUGUCCUCGGGAAUCACGGAUCAGCAAGACCGCUCACCGCAAGUUCUAGAGCCGGCGGUUUUGCCUGAGUCUGUUCCCCCAGGUUCGCCGCCGCCCCGUACUACUCGUACUGGUCGUGUGAUCCGUCCCCCUCAGAAGUUCUCCCCUUCUUGGAGACCUUCGAGAG